CACAACUUCGGCUCGAUUGCCAUUCCUGAGAACCUCAUUGUUCCGCGACCACAGUUUUUAUCUAGUGAGCUGAAGGGCAGCCGAUACUCUGUUGGCUCGGGACCUAUUCUCAUCAUGGACAAGCGCACGAUCAAAAUCUUUGGCUUUACAUUCGACGCCGACAAAGCCCCUGAUGGAUACUUCUUUGUCGGUCGUGGACCAAAUGUUGCACAUGACGCUGGAGUGAAAGUUCCAAUUCGCGGCCGCGACACACCAGAACUGUAA